CCACUGUAUGCUGUGUAGGUAGGUAGACUAAUACAGUAUGUCCUGACUUGGACGGGCCGAUCCCUCGAAUACUCACUCCCAGAGGCGACCACGGAGAGGCAACUGCCGUCCUCCACACACUGCCGUGGAAUCAUGGACCUGGUUGAUCUACAUACCACCUAGGUUUUAAAAGCAAGCAGUUGCCUGACCAAGAUCUGUCCCGGUCAAAUCUUGGAAUGUCUUCUCUCAAGCGCAAGAGAUCCCACGACGCAGCUCCAACCCGGUCCCCACCAAAGGCAGCCCACCGUGCCACACGUCACACCCCAAAUGCCCCGCCCGUCUACAAGGCCGACCCUGAGCCACGCCGCAGACGUGCCAGACGUGCUGGUGACAUUGCAGGCGCGCCCGAUGCACAGCCAGGGGCAGAGGCAGAAGAUGAAGCUGAGGAUCACAGACAACAAAACGGCGAGUUGAGGACGACCAGCCGCCGCGGUCGCUCGCAUGCGACUGCACCUGCACCUGCAUCUGCACAUGCAGCUGCUGAGCCAACACGCCCGGGCGCGUCGGGGCGCUCAGCGCUGCGUCGGCCCGUGCUGCAGGCUAUGAAUCAGGCCCAGCCGGACCCGGCCCUGAGGCCUGCAAGGAGCCUCCGCCACCGUCAUCAUCAUGAAGACGACGACAACGACCAGGCUAACACGAGUUGUCCCGUCCGGCCGGUUCAUGCUGGAUCAACCGAAGACCUGAGAACACGCGGUUCGGCUGCACCACCGCGACCCGCCCAGAACCACCCACCCCCGCCGCCGUCCCCACCACCACCAACGCAACAGCAGCAGCAGCAGCAGCAGCAGCAACGCCAACAACAGCGCAUGCCCUCGAAUGCCAGCUCAGUUGCUCCCAUGACACAGCUUCCCUCACGGUCGGCCAGGUCCUCGGAUCGCGUCCCGGCAAAUACGAGCAAGCCGUGCUUGCAGCCCCUCACGAAGCCCGCCCAGCGCACGCCAAAGCCCGCCAAGAAGACCCAACAGCACCCCAGCAAAGAGCACAAGAAGCCGAAUACCGCCGAGCGAAACAUCGACAAGGUAGUCUUUGGCAACAUCUGCUUCUCAACCUGGUACCAUUCGCCCUACGGCACCGAGGCACUGGGGGACGUGUCCGGGAACAGCGUCAAAUCCGCCAACAGCAACGGCCCUUCUUCACAGGACGGGAAUGGCAAGGAUGACGCGCCUGCGAAUGCCACGUCCCGCAAGACAAAAGAGGACAAGCUAGACCGGCUGUACGUCUGCCCGUGCUGCUUCAAAUACUCCAAGGAGCUGGUGCCGUGGUGGGAGCACGUCCACCAGUGUGAGAGGAGAGGCUACGUCCCUGGCGACAAGAUUUACACACAUCCAAAGAGCCAGCGAGCCAGGCAUCCCGUCCCCGCUGAUGGUACCGCGGCAGCAUCCAAGGGUAUAGGGCGCAAGAGAAAGGCGCCAGAUGCCGCAGCCCAGCCCGUCGAGGACCAGGACCCGUUGGAAGGCCAGGGCGAGUGGUCCAUCUGGGAGGUCGAUGGGGAGGAAGAAGGCCUGUUCUGCCAAAACCUGUCGCUCUUUGCAAAGCUGUUUUUGGACAACAAGUCCGUCUUCUUCGACGUGGUCGGCUUUAAAUACUACCUUCUGGUACACACGACGCCACGCCCUCCGCACUCCCCAUCACCCCAGGAACCCACUGACAAGGGAGAGGAGGACGAGGACGCGGCGGCACAACCGCUGCCGCUGCCGCUCAAGCACCAGAUCGUGGGGUUUUUCUCCAAGGAGAAGCUGUCAUGGGACAACAACAACCUGGCGUGCAUUCUCAUCUUCCCGCCAUGGCAGCGCAAGGGCCUCGGCGCGCUGCUGAUGGGGGUGAGCUACGAGAUCUCACGGCGGGAGGGCGUCGUCGGCGGGCCCGAGAAGCCCAUCUCGGACCUCGGCAAGCGCGGCUACAAGCGCUUCUGGGCGGGCGAGAUCGCCGCCUGGCUCCUGGGGCUUGAUACCUCUGGCGACGAAGAGGUUGUCGUCGACGCAGAGGAGUGCAGCCAGGCGACGUGGAUCGUGCCCGAGGACUGCCUGGCCGUCCUGAGGGAGAUGGGCGUCGUGGAGGAGGCGGGUCUGGGGCCGCCGAAACCCGCCCGGCGCGGCACUUCCCCGGGCCACGGAGACGGUGGUGAAGAAGCACCCGCGCCUGCCAGCGGUGACAAGGAGAAGGAGGUGCCGCGGGUGCGCAUCAGCAAGGAGGCUGUUCGGGAAUGGGUCCGGGCGAAUGGCAUCAGCUUGGAGAAGGCCUGUGACCCAGACGGGUUCGCGGAAGGCUAUGCUAUCAAAACAGAAUCUGUGGAGGAGGAGGUGCAGUAGCAUGUCAUUCUCGGCGAUGGAGCUUGGCGUAAGGAGUACGUCGCGAAGCGGGUUUCUACAUCAUUCAAGAUAUCCAACUGCUUCUUAUAAUACAACAUGACAAUUGUCUUCAGACUGAAACCUA